UGAAAAUGACCCUGUAUAUAAUUUCCAAAACAUACCAUAGUUUUUAAGGAGAAAAGUGGUUGGAAUAAAUUUCUCUCCUCACAAAGAAAAGCAUACCAUAAAGAAAAUUGAAAAGAAUAUGGAGAUAAGUCCUUAUAACACUUCAAAGAAAACAACAAAGUUGAAGUUGAAGAAGCAUCAAAGCAAUAAUCAUAUUGUUCAUCAUCAUGAAGCAUCCAUAGACAUGCAUAGAUCAUCAACAUCUUCAGAUUCUAAUAGUGAAACAUGUCAUGAUCAUGAUCAUGAUCAUGAUCAAGAUGGUAAUAUUAAAUGGUCCUCCAAACUUCUCAAAGAUUGUGCAAAAGCUAUAUCCGAUAGAGAUUCGUUGAAAAUUCACCAUCUUCUUUGGAUGUUAAACGAGUUAGCUUCUCCUUAUGGAGAUUCCGACCAAAAACUAGCUUCAUAUUUUUUACAAGCUCUAUUUUGCAAGGCAACACAAUCAGGUGAAAAGUGUUACAAGACUCUAUCCUCAAUAGCUCAAAAGAAUCACUCUUUUGAUUCAGCUAGAAAAUUAAUACUCAAGUUUCAAGAGGUAAGUCCUUGGACAACUUUUGGACAUGUGGCUUCAAAUGGUGCAAUUUUGGAAGCUUUAGAAGGUGAAACUAAACUUCACAUAAUUGAUAUUAGCACCACCCUUUGUACUCAAUGGCCUACUCUUUUAGAAGCUUUAGCUACAAGAAAUGAUGAAACUCCUCACCUUAAGCUCACACUUGUGGUAAUGAAUUCUAGCAAUAAUGUUGUUAUGAAGGAAAUUGGUCAAAGAAUGGAGAAAUUUGCUAGGUUAAUGGGAGUACCUUUUGAAUUGAAUGUUAUUAGUGGUUUGAAUCAUCUAAGAGAAUUAACAAAAGAGAGACUUGGAGUUCAAGAGGGUGAAGCAAUAGCAUUGAAUUGUGUUGGAGCAAUGAGAAGAGUUGAAUUAGAAGAAAGAGGGGGUGUGAUUAGCAUGUUUAAAUCACUUUGUCCAAAAGUUGUAACAUUUGUUGAGGAAGAAGGUGAUUUUUGUAGCUCAAAGGAUGAUUUUGUGAAAUGUUUUGAAGAGUGUCUUAGGUUUUACACACUUUACUUUGAGAUGUUGGAGGAGAGUUUUCCACCAACAAGUAAUGAAAGGUUGAUGUUGGAAAGAGAGUGUUCAAGAAGCAUAGUUAGGGUUUUGGCUUGUAGUAAUGAAUUUGAUCAUGAAAAUAAUAUUGGUGAUAAUUGUGAGAGAAGGGAGAGAGGAAAACAAUGGUGUAAAAAGCUUAGCAAUGAAUUUUCACCAUAUGGAUUUAGUGAUGAUGUUGUUGAUGAUGUAAAAGCAUUGCUAAAAAGGUACCAAAGUGGUUGGUCACUUGUUGUUCCUCAAGGAGAUGAUAAUCAAACAGGAAUUUAUCUCACAUGGAAGGAGGAGCCAGUUGUUUGGGCAUCAUCAUGGAAACCCUAGCUAUAAUUAAUUAUAUAUAUAUUAUCAUUAUACACAAAACAAUGAAGAGUGUUAAUUAUAAAUUUAAGGAUAUGUUUGGUUUGGUUUGUGUUGAUAGCAAUUUGGAUUGGAUGUAAUAGAAACCAAAAUAUAUUAUAUAUAUGGAUUUUUCUUUUAACUCUCUCUUUUGAUUUUUAUAAUUUGUAAUCUUUCUCAUGUCCAAUCCUUUAAAGAGCUUAGGAGUUUG